UUUACUUACUUAGAAAUGCUGCCUGACCUAGAGAACAAGGUUCACCCACAGGAAAUAAGGAAGGAGCUGCAGCAAUACCAACUGAAACUAAAUGAAGGGAUUGCUCAAAUUAAAAAGUGCAGUGCCUUUGCCUCCUGGACCAAGGAGAACGUCUACAAGAAGGAAUGCUGCUUCUUUGAAAAAGAUGUCAGAGAGGAUGUAUGUAAGUGUGGCUACUUAAAGUCCGAGCAUGUGGAUGAAGCCAUCAAGCCAGCCGACUUUACGGGCGAGUCGUGGGACAGACACAGACAUGUCAGGGAAGUGCCCACAGAUGCUUUUGGAGACAUCAGCUUUGGUGGCUUGGGACAAAACACCAGCAAGUAUGUGCGAGUGUCCACAGACACCAGCCCAGAACUCCUGUACCAGUUAUUGACUGAACAGUGGAAUCUUUCCCCUCCCAACCUGCUGAUCUCAGUGACUGGAGGAGCCAGGAACUUUCAUCUCAAGGCUCAUCUCAAGAACAUGUUCCACAGAGGUCUUAUUAAAGUGGCUCAGACUACAGGUGCGUGGAUAAUCAGCGGUGGUAUGCACAUAGGUGUGAUGAAGCAUGUAGGGCAGGCUGUUAGGGACCACGCCCUGAGCAGCGCCAUGCAGGGCCAGAUCGUGGCCAUCGGAGUUGCGACAUGGGGAAUAGUUCACAACAGGGAGGCUUUGGUGCAUUCAGAGGGUUGUUUCCCAGCCCAUUAUUUUAUGGACAACGAGAGCCAGGGCCAACUCUCCUGCCUCGAUAAAAACCACACCCACUUCCUGCUGGUGGACGAUGGCACGCAGGGAAACUAUGGUGUGGAGAUUGAACUACGUAGCCGUCUGGAGAAAUGCAUCUCUGGAAAGCAUCUUGGGAAUAAAGAGAGUCAUGUGAACAUCCCUCUGGUGUGUGUUGUUUUAGAUGGAGGACCAGGCACUCUGAAUACCAUCUACAAUGCCAUGCUGAAUGGUACACCAUGUGUGAUCUUGGAGGGCUCUGGGAGAAUAGCAGAUGUGAUCGCCCAGGUGGCAGGACUGCCAUUGACCAGGGUCACUGUCGCCCUCAUCCACCAGUUAAGGAAAAAGUUCUUUGGCCAAGAACCUAAAAACUUUGCCCACCUCGAGAUCAUAGAAUGGACAAAGAAGAUUCAGGACAUCAUCAGGAUGUCUCACUUGCUGACAAUUUUCAGAAUAGGCGAGGACAAUCAAGGGGAUGUGGAUGUGGCUAUUCUUCAAGCACUAUUCAAAGCUUCGAGGAGCAGCGAGUCCCUGGGAAUCGAGUGCUGGAAGAGGCAGCUGGAGCUGGCUAUAGCUUGGAACCGAGUGGACAUAGCUGAGACUGAAAUCUUCACUGAGGAGAGCCAGUGGAAGUCCAGUGACCUCCACUGGGCCAUGUUCUCAGCCCUGGUUGACAACAAGCCUCCAUUUGUGAGUCUGCUGCUGGAGAACGGUGUGAGUCUGAGGGAGUUCCUGCAGGACGAGGCAACUCUGUGUAAGCUUUACAAGUCGCUGCCCAGCUGCAUCUUUCUCCGCAAGCUGGCCCAGCGGGUCCAACGCUGCUACAGCAAGAGGAAAGCAUUCCGCAUCAAGCCUCAAGCUCACUCAGGACAAGGCGAAAUGAUCUCCAUGACUCAUGUGUCUGAUGAGGUGCGCCACCUGCUGGGCAGUUACGCCCAGGCCCUCUACCCCCCCUCCAAAAUGACAUACUCCUUUAACACAUCCAUGGAAACAUCUGUAUCACUGUCUCAAAGUCCGACGAGUUCCCAAGCUCCUCUUAGGGAGGAUGUUGCUGCACAGAGGGACCCAGGCGGAGACCUUUUCCUUUGGGCUGUUGUCCAGAACAAUAAGGAGCUGGCUGAAAUUGCCUGGGAGCAGUGUAGAGACUGCAUGUCUGCCGCUCUGGCCGCCAGUAAGAUCCUGAAGACAAUGGCAGAGGAAGGAAGUGAUGCAGACGAGGCAGCGGACAUGCAAGAGCUUGCCAAUCACUAUGAGAAACACGCCAUUGGUGUGUUUAGUGAGUGCCACAACAGCAACGAAGAGCGGGCUCAGAAGUUGUUGGUUCGAGCGUCUCCAUUUUGGGGAAGGACAACGUGCCUGAGGCUGGCACUGGAGGCUGAUGAUAAAAGCUUUGUAGCUCAGUCAGGUGUUCAGGCUCUUCUGACGCAGAUCUGGUGUGGUGAGCUUUCAGUGGUCAACCCUGUGUGGAGAGUGCUGAUCUGCAUGGUCUUCUUCCCACUUAUCUUCACUGGCUUUCUGGUUUUCAGACGUGACGAAGUUAUUCAGAGAGACGCUACGAAGAACGAGGAGAUCAAGACAGUAGAGACAGUAACAGGAAGUAUACCUCGAACAAAUUCUAAUGGCCCUGAUCCCUCCAGAGUGCGGUGCCCAAAGCGUCUAGACAGCUGGUCCAGGCUGGUCUACCUGUACAGCUCUCCGCAGGUCACGUUUUACUGGAAUAUCGUGUCUUACUUUGCCUUCCUCUUCCUGUUUGCUGUGGUGCUAAUGAUUGACUUCCAGGCCACGCCCUCUGCCUGGGAGGUGCUGCUUUACAUCUGGCUGCUUUCUCUGGUGUGCGAGGAGGUCAGACAGUUGUUUUAUGAUCCUGAUGAUUAUGGGUUUCGUAAAAAAGCCAAGAUGUACUUCAACGACCUGUGGAAUAUUUUAGACGUUCUGUCCAUCCUUCUCUUUGUUAUCGGCCUUGCAUUUAGGCUGACAACCAAGCUGUUCUAUGCAGGAAAAACUCUCCUCUGCAUCGAUUUUGUGGUCUUCUGCCUCCGUCUCAUGGCUAUUUUCACCAUCAGUAAAACCCUGGGACCCAAAAUUAUCAUAGUCAGGAGGAUGAUGAUGGAUAUGUUCUUCUUCAUGUUCCUGCUGAGUAUCUGGGUGGUUGCAUACGGUGUUGCCAAACAAGGCAUCCUCAUCCACAAUGACAAUAGGCUGGACUGGAUUCUCCGCGGGGCAAUUUAUGAGCCGUACCUCAUCAUAUUUGGGAAUUUUCCCACAAAUAUUGAUUAUGCUGCGUUUGACAUAAACUCCUGCAGCAUGAAUGGCACCGAUCCUCAGAAGCCCAAGUGUCCGGUGCUGAAUGAAAACCAAGCACCAGCUUUCCCUGAGUGGCUCACCAUCAUCAUGCUUUGUAUAUACUUGCUCUUUGCCAACAUACUGCUGCUCAACCUGCUCAUAGCUAUCUUCAACUUUACAUUCCAGAAAGUUCAGGACAACACAGACAGAAUAUGGAAGUUUCAAAGAUACGAGCUAAUCAAGGAGUACCACAGCCGCCCUGCUGCCCCUCCUCCUUUCAUCAUCUUCAGCCAUCUUUACCUCUUCAUCAGGAACAUGUUGAUGUGCAGGCCCCCCAUCAUAAGUAAAGAGUUUAAGAGCGAGCUUCCUCAGAUGGAGGAAGAGGAGCUGUUGACCUGGGAGGCCUUAAUGAAGGACAGAUACCUGCUGUCCACACAGCAGGAGCAGAGCCAGAGCAUGGAGCGACGCAUCCUGGACACGGCUCAAAAGGUUACCACCAUAACCGAUCGAUUGGAGAGGGAAGAUGAAACGAGCUCUGCCGCCAUGGUGAAAAGACUGGCUCGACUAGAGGAGCAGGUCGUCCAGUCAGCCAAAGCCCUGCAAUGGAUUAUGGACAGUCUGAAAUGUCAGGGGUUUGCAGCAAAAGAAACACAACCCCCAACAUUAACUACAACAGACGAGUCCCCUGACAUUUAUACGACGGAGAAAGAAGAUGGGCUCCACGUGAACGCCCGUCAACUUUACUACCCCAACAGCAAAAUCACACGCUUCCCUGUGCCUGACGAGAAUGUGCCAUGGAAGGUCAGAUUCAGUUUAUACAAUCCGGCUUAUUACGCCUCUGAAGACAGUGAGGACCAUGUAGAUGGAUCAGACUCGGAAGCCUUAUAUAAUUACAGAAACCCAGUAGGGAGGACAGGCAUCAGGGGACGAGGUGCACUAAACCACCUUGGUCCAAAUCUGAAUGCAGAAUAUGUGCUUACACGCUGGCGGGAUAGCGAGAGAUCUGUUUUGGAGUACCUGGUGGUUUGGGAUGAAAGCCAGGGAACCUUGACUUUACCUGGGGGACCUGUCCAAUCUGCCGAUCACAUGCCAGUGACUCUGAUUAGAACCAUGGGAAAGAAGCUGUAUGAAGAAGUAAAUGCAAAAGUAUCAGAGGGAACAAAGGUGUUUGAGGGCUAUGUGGAUGACUGCAGGAACACAGAUAACGCCUGGGUGGAAACCACCGUCCUCAACAUUCACCUGGACAGAAUGAGCCAGGUGAUGGAAGACAUCAACAGUAUGGUAGCGAGCAGCCAUGGCGCUCUUCAGUGGUGGGAGGUGAGCGGCAAAACCAGACUUAACUCAAACCAAAGAGAGUCUCUAAGGAAGGUUGCUGAGCGGCACAACAGGAAGUUUUGA